AUGAAUGAAGAAAGCAUAGACGGAACAAAUGGAUGCAAUAAAGUCCGAACUGGCACUCAGAAUGAAGCAGCGUUACUUGCUUUGAUGGAAAAGACUGGUUACAACAUGGUUCAAGAAAAUGGGCAAAGGAAGUUUGGUGGUCCCCCUCCAGGUUGGGAAGGUCCACCUCCACCUAGAGGCUGUGAAGUUUUUGUAGGAAAAAUACCUCGUGAUAUGUAUGAAGAUGAGUUAGUUCCUGUAUUUGAAAGAGCCGGGAAGAUAUAUGAAUUUCGACUUAUGAUGGAAUUUAGUGGUGAAAAUCGAGGUUAUGCUUUUGUGAUGUACACUACAAAAGAAGAAGCCCAGUUAGCCAUCAGAAUUCUUAAUAAUUAUGAGAUUCGACCAGGGAGGUUUAUUGGUGUGUGUGUAAGCUUGGAUAAUUGCAGGUUAUUUAUUGGAGCUAUUCCCAAGGAAAAGAAGAAAGAAGAAAUUUUGGAUGAAAUGAAGAAAGUUACAGAAGGAGUUGUAGAUGUCAUUGUUUAUCCAAGUGCAACUGAUAAGACCAAAAAUCGAGGUUUUGCGUUUGUUGAAUACGAAUCUCACAGAGCUGCUGCUAUGGCUAGGAGGAAACUAAUUCCAGGAACAUUCCAACUGUGGGGCCAUACCAUUCAGGUAGAUUGGGCUGACCCAGAGAAAGAGGUUGAUGAGGAAACCAUGCAGAGAGUUAAAGUUCUCUAUGUAAGAAAUUUAAUGAUCUCAACUACAGAGGAAACAAUUAAAGCAGAAUUCAAUAAAUUCAAACCUGGUGCAGUUGAACGAGUAAAGAAACUUAGAGAUUAUGCUUUUGUUCACUUUUUCAACCGAGAAGAUGCGGUGGCUGCUAUGUCUGUUAUGAAUGGAAAAUGCAUUGAUGGAGCAAGUAUCGAGGUAACACUGGCAAAACCAGUAAAUAAAGAAAACACAUGGAGACAGCAUCUUAAUGGUCAGAUUAGCCCCAAUUCUGAAAACCUGAUUGUGUUUGCUAACAAAGAAGAGAACCAUCUAAAAACUGUAGGCAAGCCACCCACUCUUCCAGCUCGUCUCAAUGGUCAGCAUAGCCCAAGCCCCCCUGAAAUCGAAAGAUGCACUUACCCAUUUUUUCCUGGAACAAAGCUUACUCCAAUUAGUAUGUAUUCUUUAAAAUCUAAUCAUUUCAGUUCUGCAGUAAUGCAUUUGGAUUAUUACUGCAACAAAAAUAAUUGGCCACCACCAGAAUAUUAUUUAUAUUCAACAAGUCAAGAUGGGAAAGUACUCUUGGUAUAUAAAAUUGUUAUUCCUGCUAUCGCAAAUGGAUCCCAGAGUUACUUCAUGCCAGACAAACUAUGUACGACGUUAGAAGAUGCAAAGGAACUGGCAGCCCAGUUUACAUUACUUCAUUUGGACUACAAUUUCCGUCGCAGCUCAAUAAAUAGUCUUUCCCCUGUUAGUGCUACCCUCUCUUCUGGGACUCCCAGCGUGCUUCCUUAUACUUCAAGGCCUUAUUCUUAUCCAAGCUAUUCCUUGUCACCAGCAAUAUCACUUGCUAAUGGCAGCCAUGUUGGACAGCGAUUAUAUAUCUCCAAUCAGGCCUCAUUCUUCUGA